AUGGUCGACCACGCCAAGCGCCGCCAGACCGAGAACAACAACGAAGAAGUGCAGACCACCGAAAGAGCGCUGCAAUCGUUCCCGAAAAAGCCCGAAGUCCACUUGUCGUUCAAAAGUCUCACUUACACCGUGAACACCUAUAUAAAGUUGAAAAAAGUGAAAAAGGAGAUUUUGCACGGCAUCGGUGGCAGUUUCCGGUCCGGACAACUAACGGCCGUCAUGGGACCGUCGGGCUGUGGCAAGAGCACAUUACUCAACGUACUCGCCGGAUACUCGAUAAGCGGAAGUUCGGGCCAAGUGUAUUUGAACGACUCGUUGCGAGAUGAAAAACAAAUGGCCAACAUCAGCUGUUACAUACAGCAGGAUGAUUACGUUCGAGACCUGUUGACCGUCAGGGAAUCGAUGACGGUGGCGGCCCACCUCAAGUUACCGACAACUGUGUCAGCUGUAUCAAAGGCCAGCCAAGUGGAGGACCUGCUGGACGCGUUGGGGCUGUCCAUCCACGGAGACACCGUUACCAAAAGGCUCUCCGGAGGCCAGAAAAAGAGACUGUCAAUCGCCUUAGAACUUAUAACAAACCCGUCGAUAUUAUUCAUGGACGAGCCCACCUCCGGUUUAGACAGCCAAUCUUGCAGCCAGUUCGUAUCACUGAUGGCCGACUUAGCCCACAACCAAAGCCGUACCAUGGUAUGCACAUUGCACCAGCCCAGUGCUUUACUGUUCGAAAAGUUUGACCAAGUUUAUGCAUUAAGCUCUGGCCGGUGCAUCUACCAGGGGCCACCCAGCUCAGUCAUUCCUAACUUUGCCGAACGGUUAGUCGUAUGUCCACCGUACCAUAAUCCGGCUGACUUUUUGAUCGAAGUGGCCAUAGGUGAAUAUGGUACCGACGUACUCGUCGGAUUGUUCGAUACAACAAAAAUCACGAACACAAAUGGCCGCAACAAGUGUCAUACAAUUUCUGGCCAAGACCACGAUACAAUAGAACUAGAAAUUCGCGAGUGCCAGGAAGACAACAAUACCAAUGACGAACAAUUACCGUAUAAAACAGAGCUUUUAAAUAAGCCUCCGUUUUAUGUACAGAUCUAUCGUUUAUAUUUGAGAAACAUAACCAUAUACAAACGCAACAAAACUAACCUGCUGUUGCGGAUCGCCGUCCAUUUGGCCGUAGCUCUCAUAAUGAGUUACAUGUACCGCGGAAUGGGAAACGACGCUGCUCGAGUGCUCACCAACAUGAAAUUCGUGUACGGUUCCAAUUUGUUCUUGGUCUACACCGGUCUGAUGGCCGUCAUCGUUUCUUUCCCAUUGGAGUACAUGGUCUUGAAGAGGGAACACUUCAACGGUUGGUACACGCUUUUCUCGUACUUCGUAUCCGUAUUGCUGGUCGAAAUACCGCUACAGACGUUGUGUUGUCUCGUCUACAUCGUACCGGCGUACGCGAUUACCGGCCAACCGUUGGAAUUCGUGCGAUUCGGUUACUUCGCCGUUUUCCUGACGGUAACUUCCCUGACGUCGCAGAGUGUAGGAUUCUUGUGCGGCGCCACUAUGCCGUUGAAGUUGUCUGUGUUCGUUGGACCAGUAUUUGUGGUGCUACUAUCCGUGUUCGGGUUCGCGAUAAGGUUUCCGGACAUACCCUCCAUGUAUGUGUGGCUCCACCAUUUCAGCUUCAUCAGGGCGUCGUUCCAGAGUAUCUUGUAUUCGCUGUACGGCCUCGACAGGGGCGUUUUACCGUGCUCCGAUGAGAUGUACUGCCACUACAAAAAUCCAGUGAAGUUUCUCACCGAAAUGGAUUUCGCCCGAGUGAACAUUUGUUCCGAAUUUUUCUACAUUUGCUCCUUUUUGGUGUGCACUUACGUGCUGACAACAACCGUCUUAUGGUACAGGCUGAACAAACGCUAG